GUUUUGUUUCCCACUUUACAUUAAACAUUGGAAAUAAUUUUAGCUCACAGUAAACAAAAAAAUUGUAAAUUGUUAAAAUUACAAAAAAAAAUGUCUUUAAACAAGAAUGCCGUAAAAAUCAAAAUAUUGAAAAAUUUAUUAAAUUCUCGUAAAACUACGCCUUGCCGAGUUGUAUUCGACGUUUCAAAUGUUCAAGAAUUUGAAGAUAGAGUUAAGCGUGCAUCAAGACCCGUUUUAGUGAAUUUUUAUGCAAGUUGGUGUUCUCCAUGUAAAGCCCUCGCGCCUCGCCUUAAAAAUAUUAUAUCAGAGCAGAAGGGCAAUAUGGAGAUGGCACGUGUUGAUGUCGAUGAGCUAACAGACCUGGCCCUCUUCUACAACGUGAAAAAGGUACCGUCGAUACUGGUCAUGCAUAAUGGUGAAGAGCUGAAUCGUCUUGAGGGUCUCCAAACCUCCGAUCUCAUAAGAAAUUGGUUGUCGACUGUCAUCAAGGGUGCACCUGGCUGCAUUUUCCUGAAAAAGUGAUUGUUUUUAAGUGAACGAAUAUCUGAUGAAAUGUUAUGAAUAAAUGUUUUUAAUUGA